CUUAGAGUUUAUUGGCAUUGGAAUGGUGUCACAAUUCAGAUUGGAGUCAAUGCACUUGGUGUAUGAAGGAAUGUUCAAGAGAUUUCUGGAAGCUCAAAUAUCUUGGGAUGGACCAUUAAAACUUAAUGCAGCUACAAUGAGACAAAUAUCAGCUAUCCUCUUAGAAAUGAAACUCACAUGUCCAGUUGAUUUUAAUAGGAAACCUCAAGUUCUUGAGAAAUGGCACAAAUAUAAAGCCACUGAGUUUCGACGGCUUCUUCUUUAUGAUGGAAUGGUUGUAUUCAAAAAUAAUUUGCAUCCUAGCAUUUAUCUACAGUUUCUUCUCUUGCAGUGUGCUAUUUAUAUACUGGCCAGCAAAUAUCUUUUGUCUAUAUUUUGUGAUGAGGCUGAGGUUUUUCUUGACAGACUUGUAGAUCAUUGUGUUGAAGUAUUUGGAGAGCACUUUGUAUCUUAUAAUGUUCAUAGUCUAAAACAUUUAGCUAAUGAGUGUAGAAGUCAUGGGCCUUUAGACUCUUUCAGUGCAUUUCCAUAUGAGAAUUUUUUGAAAGAUAUCAAGAACACAUUGCGAUCUGGUUACCAGCCUUUACAUCAACUUGCCAAGAGAGACUCUGAAAGAAUAGAGAAAAAAGAAGUGGUCAUGGAAAACCAAGACAAUACAGUUGAACUAUUUCAUGCUCAUUAUGAUCCAUUUGAAAAAGUACUCGGUGAGCAGUACAAAAAAAUAUGUAUUAACAAAGUUGUGUUGAAAAUUGGACAGAAAGAUUCGUGUUUCAUGACAAAUAAAGGUGUUGUUGUUGUUCUGGAAAAUAUUGUUCAGAGAGACAAAAACAGUAUUGUCCUCACUGGAAAAAAGUUUAAUAAUCAAGAUGAUUUUUAUACUUUCCCACUUAAGUCAUCAUGCCUUGGAAUAUUUAAAGUAUGGAAUAAAAACGAUCUGCGAGAAAAUUUUCAAGUGGAAAAUAUUUUUGCAAAAUGUUGGCUAAUGCGACAUGAUAACAUUUUUGUUGCUGUUCCACUUGUGCAUACGACUCCCCUCCUUCACUAAUUUGUUGUGUUAAAGUUCCUGAGUGAAGAUCCUGAUGAACCUGAGGAUGAGAUUUAUGAAGUAGCAUACAGUGGAUGGCUUCAGCAGGAAGC